AUGUUACAGUAUGAAGAGGACUUGGGUUGCAGUCUGGUGUCUGCCCAGAAGAGACCCCCGACUCGGAUGGAUGUCAGACCCCAAAAAGACUCCAAAGAGAAAUGCUUAAACGUGAUGAUAACAGGCCUGUGCUGCCUCCUGGUCGUUCUCAUAAUCGUGGCCAUCCUGCUGGGUUACUACUUCUCCUCCUCCUGUGUCCACGGGCUGCAGUGCGGAGAUGGCAGCUGUGUGUGGGAGUCUCAGUGGUGUGACGGGGUGGUGGACUGCCGGGGGGGCCAGGACGAAGCUCACUGUGUGCGGGUGCAUGGCUCAGAUUUCCUCCUCCAGAUCUACAGCACCGGGAGCAGGAGCUGGAGGACGGUGUGUGCCCGGGGCUGGAGCGAGCGGCAGGCCAGGGCCAGCUGUCGGAGCCUGGGCUUCAGCAAAGGCACGUAUCAUACAUCAACAGAGCUGCCAUCGAAUGAUACAGAUGGAUUUCUGGUUGUUAAGGCUAAUGUUAAACCUGAUACUUUCAUUUUAAAGCAGCUUAUGUACAGUGAUGCCUGCCCAGACAACAGUGUGGUGGCUUUGCAUUGUACAGACUGUGGCAUUGGCGUGAACUCCAGCCGCAGGCAGCAGGCGGCCCCGGGCUCAUGGCCCUGGCAGCUCAGUCUGCAGACAGAAGGCACACACCGCUGUGGAGGAGCUCUCAUCGCCCCCUACUGGAUCCUCACGGCAGCGCACUGUGUGCUCAGACGCUCGGCCCCCGGGAGCUGGCAGGUGUACGGCGGGCUGGUGGGGGACUUGGACACUCUGUUCAGUCCAGCCCACAGCGUGAGCCGUGUCAUCCCUCACCAGGACUACAACCCGGUCACUCAGCAGAACGACAUUGCUCUGAUGAGGCUGACAAAUCCUCUGGACACAAGCGGUUCUAAUGAUAUUCGACCUAUAUGCCUUCCAACGGCGGGCCUGGACAUGGCACAUUCACAAUCAUUCUGGAUCACAAAGUUUGGCUACAACUUAACUGGAGAUGUAUUGAGCCUGUUGGAAGCUCCGGUGUCACUCGUGGACCGUGCAGAGUGUUCUUUCGAUUACAAUGGCCGAGUGACGGAGCAGAUGCUGUGUGCCAGUGAGAAGGCUCCGACCACAGACCGCUGCCUGACUGACAGUGGCGGGCCCCUGGUCUCCUUGCUUGAUGGGAGAUGGUGGCUACUCGGGGACAAUCUUUGGGGAAGACACUGCACUGAGAACUAUAAACCCGAUGUUUACGGUGAUGUCACAUUCUUCAUGGACUGGAUCUACGCUCAGAUGAAGAAGCAUCAAAAUGACUAA